UCAUUUUUGUUCUGCAGAAGAAAUCCAAGAUUUCCAACUCUCGCAAGACGCACCUGAAGAGCUUGAUGCUCCAGGUUGCAAAGGAUGCUCUUGAAAAAGAAGCCGCCGACAUUGCUGCAGAGAAAGAGGCCUAUCUGAAUGAGCAUUGUCCUCCCCUGAGUAUUCCACACUCCAUGACGGACCUCCAGGAAUUGUGCAAAAAGUUGCAUGCCAAGAUCGAUGUGGUAGAUGAAGAGAGAUAUGACAUGGAAGUCAAAGUCCAAAAGAGCUCCAAGGAGCUGGAAGACCUGAACCAGAAGAUCUUUGACCUGAGAGGUAAAUUCAAGAGGCCACCACUGAGACGUGUGCGUAUGUCUGCUGAUGCCAUGCUGCGCGCUCUGCUUGGUUCCAAGCACAAGGUCAACAUGGAACUUCGUGCCAACCUCAAGCAGGUCAAGAAAGAGGACACUGACAAGGAGAAGGAUCUUCGUGAUGUGGGAGAUUGGCGUAAGAACAUUGAGGAGAAAUCCGGCAUGGAAGGCAGGAAGAAGAUGUUCGAGUCUGAGGCUUAAGUCCAGAAUAAGGCCAUCUUCAAACCCUUUGCUACCAAAGACAAAAUCUCCCAAUAUCACCAAAAUGAAUUCAGCAAGCCCUAUGCUGCAUGGUUUACUCAUAUCUCCAGUAGCCAAGAAGUCUUACCUCCACCUCACUCCUUCCUCCCUUGGUUCCCAGACAUUACACCACUCUACAUCCCCAGGGAAUGUCUUACAGUGUGUUAUGGACUCUGGGUGGGGGCUAUGGUUCACGGGUCUCCUGUGUUUUAGCUAAUAUCUGUUUCUGCAGAAGUUGUGUUAUUUGGACGUGAAAACACAACCAUGUAAAUAAAGCUUGUGACGUCCUUUAUGGCUGGUGAUACCUGAA